AUGCGUGUUAAUCCAAGGGUGAUUGUUGCCACAAACAUUAACCCAAGAACAGUUGGAGGCCGUUUGUUCCUCAACGCCACGUACGGAACACACAUUUACUUUGACGAGGAAACCAGUGCUGGUAAAACGUCUUUCAAUCGAUUGGUCACUAUAUCCACUGGUCUCCCACCUGCCGCCCCACUUCUGAGGAAGGUUGCAAUUGUCGAGCCCGUAACCAUAGCCGAGCUCAACAGCUUUGUUACCAUCGCCGUGUCUCAGGAUAUUGAAUUCAUGUGCACCGGGAGAGUUAUUCGACUACACUCUGAUAAGGGAUGGUGUUACUUUGGCUGCUCUAAAUGCGGCAGAAAGCUCCAGCGCAUUGACUCCACCUUCAGGUGUGUGCGAUGCAACAACUCUCAUGCUGUUGGUGACCUACGCUACCGAGUGGAGCUUGCAAUAGCUGAUGACACCGCAGAAGGUCUCUUUAUCUGUUUUGAUGGUGUAAUGACAAAAUUGCAUGGACUCGAAGCACGUGUAGCUGGACAAAUGUUGGCUGACGAAGUUGUGUAUCCCGAGGACUCGCAGAUGCCUCCAUUUGUUACAAGCAUGGAAGGAAAACCAUACACUUUCCAUGUCAAGUUGACUACGUAUGAUUUCACUUCAACCCAUCAAAGCUUCACUGUUACCAGUAUUAUCGACGAACAUGAACGUCCACCACUACCCGAAUUUGCUGUCAAUGAAAAAGGUGGCAACGAUGGUCAAAACGUCGGAGAUAUUCAGCCAAUUCAUGUUAAGGUUGACUCCGGGGGUAGCAGCGGUGCCACAACUUUGAAUGCUGUUAAGGAUCCAAUAGGUCAUGUGCCAAAGAAGAUGGACAUAGCAUCUACGCACGCCCUCAAGAAAGCUCGAAUUCCUUAG